GCAGACUACACUCAACAUGCACCUGAUGGGUUCCUGCUGAAAGACAAUGCAAUGAUUUUAAGAAAUUGUUUUCUCUGCUUUUAUAAAGACUGGGAAAAAACAACAACUGAUCAUCUUGAGACGCACUGAUUUCAGUUCAAGGAUGCUGUGUGAAGGCAGGUUGAUGAGCAUGAUGUUCAGUGACUUUGAGGAGCUGGACUGCCUCCCCCCUCAGAAGUCCAUUAAAAGUGCUUAUGGGCUGCCGAGAGCAGCUGCCGUCCGGACGCCCGGCUCCCCCGCACACAGUCCACUCGUCCACUACCACUCCUCAGAGCAGACAGAAGGCGUGGACAACAGGAACGCUUCGGUGGAGCUGUACAUCUCUCCUCUGCAGUCCUUGGUCCUUGAGGGAGCCCGUCCAUGCAGGCACAUUUCUCCAGAAAUAAAGAUCCCAGCUCAGGCCUACUCAGGAGGUGAUGCCCCUUUCUUAGUUCCUCCCUUUUGUCAGAGCAUCUGUGAAAACUACAGUGACCUCCACAUCGGAGGUGACCAGGUGCUGCCUCUCUCAGCUAAUGGUGGUGAGCUGCAGCUUUGCACUGAUGCACAGCCUCCCGGGCCCUUCCUUCAGUCCUGUGAUGUCCUCCCACCUGUUGAAGACUCACUGCCUGCACAGAUGCCUCAGAACGGGCUCCUCCCACUUAGGGGAGGUUCAAAUCGCUGGCGACAGACGAGUGCCCGCGAUCGCAGCUUUCUGUUGCAGGGACAAGAGGGGCCGUUCUCAAACUCUCUCUUAAAUAAUUACUUGGAGCAGAAGCUCUUAGACCUAUACCAGCAAUACAUGAUGGAGAACAUGGUGAGAGAUGGGGUGCCUGCUUCCAACUCCUACCCAGGCCCGAUUUGCAAUCUGCUGGGCUCAGAGCUGGUACUGACCAGCCUGGAACACAUCACGUUGCAGCUGAGUCGUGAUGGUAACCUGGAGGCCUGCCUGGCCAAGGACAUGGUCCUGAGCUGUCUGCUGCGGGUGGCUGGCGAUAUGCAGUCCAGUGAGAUCAGCACUCCUUUUCUCCAGAUUUCAAACGAGGCGUCCAGGGAGCAACUCUCAGAGAACAAAGAGAAACAAAGCUAGUGCCAAGGAACUCAGGACAGUCAAAGAAUCAAGACAUCAUCAUCACGACAGCGUUUGUUCUUUUGAGAAACUAUUGCAAGCAAGUUCUGAAUGAAAGUCACUGUUUAAAAAUUUGCAGUCAUGUGUUGUUGUGUAUUUAUCAGUUUGAAAAAGAUGAAUAAAAA